AUGGGUGACAAUCCUGAUAAUCCUGGAGCAAAUCAACAACCUGUUGAAGGAGGAAAUAAUAAUAAUGUUGCUGAUCAACGUUGUCCUGUUAUUAAUGUAUCUCCACCUGCUCAACUAAUCUUGGGUGAUAGCCCAGUAGAAAACUGGAAACUGUAUAAACAAGCCUGGUCUAACUAUAAAGUUAUCGCUGGACUAGAAUUAAGAACUGAAGAAUAUAGGAAAGCUUUAUUUCUUCAUAAUUUAGGCCGUGAAGCUCAGUUAAUUUAUAAUUCGUUAGAAACCCUUAUGAGUCGUGCUGAAAGCCAAACCCCAAUAAAUUCAAACAGUAUGAAACAAGUGAGAAAAAUAUGA